UCACGGGGCUCCAGGCACGGGACUCUGAAGAGUAGACGCAAGCUUGCGCGACGCCAUCGUCAUCGGUGCCCACAUAGACCACACGGAAGGGGUCGCCAGGGCAGUCGAGGUGGUCGCAGCCAUCGGCGGCGCAGAGCACCGCCGCCGCGCAGUCUGGGACGGUUGGCCAGUCCACGAAAUCCGGCAAGGGCAGCCGCCACUGGCGGUGGCCGACGGGGUCCCACACGAUGAGGCAGAGGGGUUCGCCGUCCGGGCCGAUGGUAUUUGAGAGGACCAGGCCAUGGCGCGAGUCGAGCACGAAGAGACUACACUUGCCGGGGUGGACCGGGAAGAAGGGGGAGGUGGGGGACAAGGGAGAAAACCAGCACAGUACCGUCUCGUCGUUCUCGAAGAACCCCAGCAAGGGAGGCGCCCCGUGGAACUCGCGGUAGAGGCGGGUGAAGGCGGGGCCGGCGAGGCGGCUGCGCCAGGGUUUGCAGACGAGGGAGGCCCGGAAGAGGCACCCGGGGUCGUCCGGCGGGAGGCGGAGGAGGAUCUCCUCGAGGAGCUCGUCCGGCAGCGUCGCCGGCGGCGGCGGCAUGGCGGGUGGAGGCGUGGGUUGUGGCCGGAAUGGAAGGAGCAACUGCUGGGUCUGCGUUCGUGGGUCAUUUCACAGGCUCACAGGGUUGGGCUCAAGUCUCAACCAGCUCCGCGUGUGUGGGGGGAUUUCUGCCAAAGUGGAACCGGGGAGGCAGCGAGACUGGGACUGGUGCGUAGUGGAGGAGCUGAUUUCUCCAAGCGGGCAGUGGCAAUGGCGUGCUACGCCGCUCUCCUGCACCAGCCGCCCGCCUCGCCGUCCCCGUGCACCUCAGGCCGCGCCGGCUCCUGCCGUGUCCGUCCGCCCCCACUCCUCCAGCGCCGAGCCCUUCCCCUGUCUGUGCGCGCUCGGAUCUCCCCCCGCUGCUCCUACGCCGCAGCCGGAGAAAGCGCCGGAGCGGGCGCCGGGGAACAGCCCGCGGCGGCGCUCCGGAGAGUGCUGGGGACGCCGGGCGCCCACCAGGCGCCCGCUUGCUACGACGCGCUCAGCGCCCGCCUCGUCGAGCGCGCGGGGUUCAGGGCCUGCUUCACGAGCGGCUUCUCAAUAUCUGCUGCAAGGCUUGGAUUGCCAGAUGUUGGUCUCAUCUCCUAUGGUGAAAUGAUAGAUCAAGGGCGUUUAAUCACUGAAGCAGUAUCGAUACCUGUCAUUGGUGAUGCUGAUAAUGGUUAUGGAAACUGUAUGAAUGUCAAGAGGACAGUGAAAGGAUUUAUUAAUGCUGGUUUUGCUGGAAUUAUUCUUGAAGAUCAGGUGUCACCAAAAGCAUGUGGACAUACACAAGGAAGGAAAGUUGUCUCAAGAGAGGAAGCGAUUAUGCACAUAAAAGCCGCUGUAGAUGCCAGGAAGGAGAGUGGCUCUGACAUUGUUAUUGUGGCAAGGACAGAUUCUCGUCAAGCUUUGUCUCUUGAUGAAGCGUUAUGGAGAGCACGAGCUUUUGCUGAUGCUGGAGCAGAUGUUCUAUUUAUUGAUGCCCUUGCCUCAAGGGAAGAGAUGAUGGCGUUUUGUGCAGUUUCACCUGGAGUUCCAAAAAUGGCCAACAUGUUAGAAGGUGGUGGUAAAACUCCUAUAUUGAGCCCUCUUGAACUUGAAGAAAUUGGUUACAAAAUCAUAGCCUACCCAUUAUCUCUAAUUGGGGUAUCAAUGCGUGCAAUGGAGGAUGCUCUUGUUGCUAUAAAAGGUGGCCGCAUACCUCCUCCAAGUAGCUUGCCAUCAUUUGAGGAGAUCAAGGAUACGCUAGGGUUUAACCGUUAUUAUGAAGAGGAAAAGCGAUACGUUGCAUCACCAGCUCAAUCAUCCUUUUGGAGUGGUAAUUAUGAUUAUACAAGUGAAGCUAGCAGUUCAGGAGACACCAAGUCCAGGACUGAGAAAUCACAAGAACCUAUUAUUGACAUACUGCCACAGCUCUAUGAUCCUGGUUCCGCUGGAGGCAGAGGUCCUUCAGGUGGGAUGUGGUCCCGCACACUUCGAUUGAAGAUUACAGGAAGAGAUGGGGUCCAGAAAAUUGAUGCCAGGAUACCUGCUGGAUUCUUAGAAGGGAUGACAAAAGUUAUUCCAGGCCUGGCUGGAACUAAUAUCAUGGAAAGGCUUCGGAACGCGCCUAUGGAUUCGGACAACCCCCAGAACGGGCAGAUACUGCUUGAUUUUGAGGACGGCAGGGGAGAUAGGAUCCAGGUUUUCAUCGCGUGAGCGUGUUGUUCGUUGUUGUCGUCCCGGCAUCCGAUACUCAGACGAGCGUCAUGUUCCGUUUGAGUAGUAUAAGCAAAUGGCUGUUACUUGGUAGUAGUUGGUAGGCCCUUGCUGCCUACAUCCAGUUAUGUAAACUCCGCAUCAUACUGCAUGCAUCCAGAACUAGUCUUCCUGUAACCUUCCUCGUCUCAUGGAUGCGGAAGUUAAAUUCGAAUAAAACAAGUUAUGGAAAAGGUAUUCCUCUAUGCUA